GGUACCGUUAUAUAUAAUGGACCAUGUACUUUUUCACGUGUUGAAGUGUUUGACCAGUGCAAGAGUGCGGCAAAACGAAAUAAUGUAUACGUUGCAUCUGUAGACAUUUUUCUUGUUUACACUUUGUUACCGUUGUUAGAAAAAUGGAUAUACUUGCUGAAGAAUUUGGUGAUUUGGCCCCCGAGGAGAUGGCAGCGCCAAUAAACACAGUGGAGGAGAAGUGGAAGUUAUUGCCUGCAUUUCUAAAGGUGAAGGGGCUUGUAAAACAACACAUUGAUUCAUUCAACUAUUUUAUCAAUGUUGAGAUUAAGAAAAUCAUAAAGGCUAAUGAAAAAGUGACAAGUGAUGCUGAUCCAAUGUGGUAUUUAAAAUAUCUUAAUAUAUAUGUUGGCAUGCCUGAUGUAGAAGAAAGUUUCAAUGUGACAAGACCAGUGUCUCCUCAUGAGUGUCGACUGAGAGACAUGACCUAUUCUGCUCCAAUUACAGUAGAUAUUGAGUACACCCGUGGCAGCCAAAGAAUUAUUCGGAAUGCUCUUCCUAUUGGCAGGAUGCCUAUUAUGCUCCGUAGCUCCAAUUGUGUAUUAACAGGAAAAACACCUGCUGAGUUCUCCAAGCUAAAUGAAUGCCCACUUGAUCCAGGGGGAUAUUUUAUUGUGAAGGGUCAAGAAAAAGUGAUUCUGAUUCAAGAGCAGUUGUCUAAAAACAGAAUUAUUGUUGAAGCUGACCGGAAAGGUGCAGUGGGAGCAUCUGUGACCAGUUCAACUCAUGAGAAGAAAAGCAGAACCAAUAUUGUUGUGAAGCAGGGGAGGUUUUACUUAAAGCACAACACUUUGUCUGAAGACACACCUAUAGCGAUCAUCUUUAAGGCCAUGGGGGUGGAGAGUGACCAAGAAAUUGUCCAGAUGAUUGGAACAGAGGAGCAUGUGAUGGCUGCCUUUGCACCAAGCCUAGAAGAGUGUCACAAAGCCCAGAUAUUUACCCAGACACAGGCUUUAAGGUAUGUGGGAAACAAGGUCAGAAGGCAGCGUAUGUGGGGUGGUCCAAAGAAAACUAAGAUGGAAGAAGCACGCGAACUGCUUGCUUCAACUGUCCUUACACAUGUACCAGUAAAAGAAUUCAAUUUCCGUGCAAAAUGCAUUUAUAUGGCGGUAAUGAUCCGCAGGGUGAUUUUGGCCCAAGGAAACAACAAAGUUGAUGAUAGGGACUACUACGGAAACAAAAGACUGGAGCUGGCAGGGCAGUUACUUUCGUUGCUGUUUGAAGAUCUCUUUAAAAAGUUCAAUUCUGAAUUGAAGAAAAUAGCAGACCAGGUCAUUCCGAAACAGAGAGCAGCUCAAUUUGAUGUUGUGAAGCACAUGCGCCAGGAUCAGAUAACUAAUGGCAUGGUCAAUGCCAUCUCUACUGGAAACUGGUCACUGAAGAGGUUCAAGAUGGACCGUCAAGGUGUGACUCAGGUGCUGUCCCGGCUUUCUUACAUCUCAGCAUUAGGUAUGAUGACCAGAAUUUCAUCUCAGUUUGAGAAGACUAGGAAAGUAAGUGGACCUCGCUCUCUGCAGCCAUCUCAGUGGGGAAUGCUUUGUCCAUCUGACACUCCUGAAGGAGAGGCUUGUGGUCUGGUAAAAAAUCUGGCAUUGAUGACCCAUAUUACAACUGACAUGGAAGAUGGCCCUAUCAUUAAAUUAGCUUUUAAUCUUGGAGUGGAGGAUGUGAACUUACUUUGUGGUGAAGAGCUUUCAUAUCCAAAUGUUUUUCUUGUUUUUCUUAAUGGUAACAUACUUGGAGUAAUCAGAAAUCAUCAGAAAUUAGUGUCAACCUUCAGACUGAUGCGAAGAGCUGGUUUUAUUAAUGAAUUUGUCUCCAUUUCAACAAAUCUCAGUGACCGCUGUGUUUACAUCUCUUCUGAUGGGGGAAGACUAUGCAGGCCUUAUAUAAUUGUGAAGAAUGGGAAAAUUGCAGUGACAAACAAGCACAUAGAACAGCUUGCUCAGGGAUACAGAAAUUUUGAAGAUUUUCUUCAUGAGAGCCUAGUGGAAUAUCUUGAUGUCAAUGAAGAAAAUGACUGUAGCAUUGCACUCUAUGAACACUUGAUAACUAAAGAAACUACACACCUGGAAAUUGAGCCUUUCACACUGCUUGGUGUUUGUGCUGGACUCAUUCCCUAUCCGCACCAUAACCAGUCCCCAAGAAAUACGUACCAGUGUGCUAUGGGGAAACAGGCAAUGGGCACAAUUGGCUAUAAUCAAAGAAAUCGAAUUGACACUCUUAUGUACUUAUUAGCCUAUCCCCAGAAACCAAUGGUUAAAACAAAAACAAUUGAACUAAUUGAUUUUGAGAAGCUACCAGCAGGUCAAAAUGCUACAGUUGCAGUAAUGAGCUAUAGUGGCUAUGAUAUUGAAGAUGCCCUUGUUUUAAAUAAGGCCUCCUUAGAUAGGGGUUUUGGAAGAUGUCUAGUAUAUAAGAAUGCCAAAUGUACCCUGAAGCGUUACACUAAUCAGACAUUUGAUAAAGUCAUGGGUCCAAUGCUAGAUGCAGAAACCAGGAAACCAAUCUGGCGCCAUGAAAUCCUUGAUGCUGAUGGAAUUUGUUCUCCAGGUGAAAAGGUAGAAAACAAGCAAGUACUUGUUAAUAAGUAUAUGCCUACGGUCACGCAGACUCCACUGGAGGGCACAAGUCAACCUCAACAACCACAGUACAGAGAUGUUCCUAUCACCUACAAAGGAUCCACAGAUUCUUACAUAGAGAAAGUGAUGAUUUCGUCAAAUGCAGAUGAUGCAUUCUUGAUAAAAAUCCUUUUAAGGCAAACUAGACGUCCAGAAAUUGGAGAUAAAUUCAGUAGUCGUCACGGACAGAAAGGUGUGUGUGGUUUGAUUGUUCCCCAAGAAGACAUGCCUUUUUGUGAUUCUGGGAUCUGCCCAGAUAUUAUAAUGAAUCCUCAUGGUUACCCUUCACGUAUGACGGUUGGUAAGCUAAUUGAGCUGCUGGCAGGCAAAGCAGGUGUCCUGGAUGGAAGAUUUCAUUAUGGUACAGCGUUUGGAGGCAGUAAAGUUAAGGAUGUCUGUGAAGAUCUCAUUCACUAUGGCUACAAUUACUUGGGGAAAGAUUAUGUAACAUCUGGCAUUACAGGGGAACCCUUGGAGGCGUACAUCUACUUUGGUCCUGUGUACUACCAAAAGCUAAAACACAUGGUUUUGGACAAGAUGCAUGCAAGAGCCCGGGGCCCAAGAGCAGUUCUCACCAGGCAACCUACAGAGGGACGAUCCCGUGAUGGUGGUCUGAGGUUGGGUGAAAUGGAGAGGGACUGCUUAAUUGGUUAUGGAGCAAGCAUGCUUUUACUUGAGAGGCUAAUGAUUUCCAGUGAUGCAUUUGAAGUAGAUGUUUGUGGACAGUGUGGUUUAUUGGGCUAUUCGGGAUGGUGUCAUUACUGCAAGUCUUCAUGUCAUGUUUCAUCUCUCCGUAUCCCAUAUGCAUGCAAGCUGCUGUUCCAGGAACUUCAGUCUAUGAAUAUUGUACCAAGAUUAAAAUUGUCAAGAUACAAUGAAUGAAGAAAUUUGCCAGAAUUUAAUCAAGAGAACCUGUUCAUGGUGCUAGAGAUCAAAAACAACACACAAAGAUCUCACGAGCAAUAUGUAAGGAGUUUGUGUUGUGUUCUUUUUUCUUUUUUUGAUGUCAAUUGAAAGCAACACUCAGGAAGACAGCACUUUAUGCACAGAAAGCUACCUGCAUUUAAGUGAAAACUUACUAUUGACUUGUAUGAUGAGCAUCAGUUACUUGAGGAUGAUUGUAUAUGUUUUAGGUCAAGAGUAUAGUUCAGACUAUGAAAGCUGGUGUUGUAUAAUUAAAAGUAUACAUUACUUUUAUAUUUAAUUUUACUUCUUAAUGAAUUUGGUAUGACAAGGCACUUUAAACAUGACCUGAGAAGUUAAGAAUAAUGUUUGUGCCAGUGUGAUUUUGGACAAGUAACUUUUGUUUUUUGUUUUUUUUUUUUCCUUCUUCAAACAACUGCCUAAAAUCAUGAGGAAAGAAAAUAGUUGGACUUGCUACCCGACUCUACUUAAUGCCUGAAAAAAAAAUAUGAACAUAUGAAAACAUAAAAACACAUAUGAGUCCUGGAAACACAUAAUGUACAGACAGCGAAUGUCUGAAUAGUGAAAUAAUUAUUUAAAAGUUGGUGCAGCAACAACUGUAGUGUACAGUUGUAUAUCAUACUUUUGUAUUCCUUAGACUUAAGAAAAAUAAAUAUUUCUUUGUUGUCCUUGAA